CUUCCAUACCAUUCAAACACACCAGUAUAUCUCUCCAUCAGUACUGCCACUUUCCCAUCCAGCCAUGAGCUUCCCUCCCUGGCCUAAGGAUAACUAAGAUGAAGCUUCGCCCAUCGCACGACACCACCCAUCGCUCACCAUGCCACCGCAAGCUCCCGCCGCCCAAGAAUACGCCCGCUUCGUGCUCGUCGUCAUCCUGCUCUUCUUCCUGUCCUCGUCCUCAGACAACGGGCCCCCGCCGGGCUUCGCAGGCUCGCCCCGCGACUACGCCGCCGCGAAGGUGGCGCGGCAGCGCCGGAAUCUCGACGUGCUGAACACGACGCAGUGGGAGGAUUUCGCGCCCCGCGCCGCCGACGAGCCGCGGUUCCUGAACCUGACGGGAUUCCGCGCCGAGGACGACCUGCUCUGGGACCGCUUGGGCGCGUUCCGGGAGAGGGCCGCGCUGUUCACGGAUGAGGCGGGCGGGAAGUGGAGGUUGGAUCGCGAGACCCAGUUGAGGGCGGGGGUGUUGGGAGAGGUGUAUGAGAAUGUCACGGGUAUCGUGGUGGGGCGGUGGGUGCGGUAUACGGGAGACUUGGAGGGGGGAGAGGAGAGGCAUAGGCGGUAUAAUCUGAGUCAGGUUACGCCGGAGGUCGAGUGGUCGGGGAAUGAGGAGCUGUGGGAUAGGAAUAUUACGGGGACGGAGGGAAAACUUAUGCUGAGGGUCGAUGAGAGGGAUGUGGAGGCUGUGGAUGUCGAGGGCUUGAGCCUAGGUUCAGGCUGGGUCAGAGAGGUCGCCGCCACUAUGACCAUCCAGGACGAGAGUAGUAGUGGUGAUGGCUGGGAUAUGAGGAUUCAUGGGGUUCAUUGGCCGAGACAAGGCGUCAUGCUCAUGACCACGACGAGCGACAAAUUCGCUGGCCUCUUUGGCUUACCGCAUCUGACCAUGGAUAUGAAUCACUUCACCUCGAGUAAGAUGCUGCUCAACAAGACUUUGGAGAAGACGGUCGAAAAGAUGGAGAAGGCCUAUUGGACCGAGGUGAACAACCCCUGGUCAUCAAGCUCAGAUGGCCAGGGCGAUUCUGCUUUGUCAACGCCGCAUUGCGAGUAUGUGGUCUAUGUGCAAGUGUAUCCACUGGACCUGGGUCUGGCCCUAAACGACGAUUAUAUGGAUACAGCCAGCAUCGUACAGCAAAUCGAGCAAGAGCUUCGAUUUCCAAAUGGGGCUCCCACUCCACCAGCACCGAAGAUGCGAAUGUCUACGGUCAUAUUCUCUCCCGAUUGUGGAUUUAUGUUGGAGUCCAAAGGGCCUCCUGCCUUUCCCUCCGAAGAUGGAGAUCAUCUUGUAGGCAGGAAGCAGGAAGUAUUCUUACAUCAAGUCCAAAGCUGGCUACUUGUCUAUGCUGCAGUUAUCUUUGGACAGGUGCUCCUUCUGAAGAUGCAGUCAAAGGAAGCCUCAACACCUUCCACGGUUGGGCGGAUCAGUAUUUAUACGAUUGCAAUGAUGCUCAUGGCUGAUGCCUUGCUCUUCUCGAGUUUGUCUCUGUUGAGUGCAACAGCCCCGAAUAUUUUCCCUUCGGCUCUCCUGGCGUCCUUCGCAGCAUUGAUGUCAGUGGCACUCGGGGUGCGAUUUAUCACGGCUGUUUACAAUGUUCAAGAGCCGGAACGGAGAGAAAGGUUGCGGGUUCAGCUGGCAGCUCAAGCAGCAAACACCCCUCAACCUAGCCCUGCACCGACUCCAUCGUCUGCACCUAUAAUCACUGCUGCAGGGGCCGACACAGCUCCCCCGCCUGGAACAGCUUCGGCCCCAACCGCCCAGGCUACUGCCAACAAUACCCCUAUCAUUAUCCCUUCUGACCAGGACAUCGACGCUGAAAUCGCCGAAGUUGCCAACGCAGCCUCAGCAGUUCCCCGUCCAACGCUUCCAACCACGAAUCAAGGAGCUACAACACCUACUCAACAGGUACCACGAGCCUCCAAUUUCGGGGCUGUCUACGUCCAAUUUGUCCUCGCCCUGACCUUCAUCCUCUUUGUCUCCCUGUCUGCCCUCUCGUGGCCCGUCACAUUCCGCACUUUUUACAUCCACUUCCUCUCCGUAGCCUACCUCUCCUUCUGGGUCCCCCAAAUCCGCCGCAACAUAAUCCGCAACUGUCGCAAAGCUCUGCUCUGGAAGUUCAUCAUCGGCCAAUCCAUCCUGCGCCUGCUACCUUUUGCCUACUUCUACCUACGAGAAGAAAACGUCCUCUUUUCCGAGCCUGACUGGAAAGCCUUCACCGCAUUGGCCGGCUGGGUCUGGAUUCAGAUCUGGGUACUCGCCGCGCAGGAGAUCCUCGGUCCCCGCUGGGGCAUCCCCAAGGGCUGGACCGAAGAGGGCUGGGACUACCACCCGAUCCUCCGCGAAGACAACGUCGAAGCGGGCGGGCUCCCCAUCGGGCUGGUCCGCGCCCCCGGCUCGCCGACCCUCGAGCGCGUGCGCACCGGCGACGAGGGCAAGAAGUCCGACGGCCCCGCUCGCAACAUCCGCACCGUCGACUGCGCCAUCUGCAUGCAAGUCCUCGAAGUCCCCGUCGUGGCCGCUGGCACCGACGCCUCGGCCGCGGGCGGCGUCGUCGGUAUGCUGGGUCGUCGCCUCUACAUGGUCACGCCGUGUCGCCAUGUCUUCCAUAGCGCGUGUCUUGAAGGCUGGAUGCGGUUCCGCUUGCAGUGUCCUAUCUGUCGUGAGAAUCUGCCGCCGCUGUAAAGGCGGGGGGGGGGG